AUAAGGGUGCAACUGAAGCGCCAACCGCCCACUGCAACCUUCUCCCUCUCUCUCUCUCUCCCUCUCCCUCUAAUGGCCUCCUCCAUCUUCAAGUACGUCUUCAAGGACUUCUUCAAGCCCAUGCUCCAACUCCUCUUGUUCGUCUUCCCGGCGUUCUACACCGCGGUCUUCUCUCUCCUCGUCUUCUUCGCCUUCGUCGUCUUCCUCGGCCGCAGCCCUCAGCCCGCCACCUUCGUGUUCGACCCCCAAGUCAUCGCCAUCGCCGACCCGCGAUCGGUUCCUGCCGACCACGCUAACGCCAGCGGCCUUCUCUUCACCGCUCCUCCUCACGCGAACACCUCCCUCGGCGUCCGGAGAAAGGCAAGCCCGGAGAACGCUUCCGAUCUUGCACCCGCCGCAGCGAACCACUCCGCCGAGGCCAAGAAAGGGAGGGGUGGGAGUCCGGAGAAGGGACAGAAGGCCUUGGAGAGCAGUAAAGAUUUGGCGGCGACGUGCGAUCUUUUCGAUGGGAGGUGGGUGUUCGACGAAUCGACGCCGAGGUACCCGCCGGGUUCGUGCCCCUUCAUCGACAGUUCCUUCGACUGCUUCGGUAAUGGCCGGCCGGAUCAGAACUACACCAAACUCCGGUGGAAGCCCAAAGGCUGCUCGAUUCCGAGGCUCGAGGGGAAGAAGAUGCUGAGAGCGUUGAGGGGGAAGAGACUGGUGUUCGUGGGCGACUCGCUGAACCGCAACAUGUGGGAAUCGCUGCUCUGCAUCCUGAGGCACCCUCUGAAGAGGAAGCACCGCGUUUUCGAGGUGUCCGGGAGGAAGGAGUUCAGAACCGACAAUUCGUACGCUUUCCGAUUCGAGGACUACAACUGCUCGAUCGAGUUCUUCCGGUCGCCGUUCCUGGUGCGGGAAAGCUCCUGGGUGGACUCGCAGGGGAAGAGCAGGGAAACGCUCCGGCUGGAUUUGAUCGAGGCGUCGUCGGAUGCUUACAGGACCGCCGACAUCCUCGUCUUCAACUCGGGCCACUGGUGGACGCACGAGAAGACCUCGAAAGGGAGGAACUUCUACCAGGAAGGCGACCAUGUCUAUCCCCAGCUGAGCGCGGAAGACGCGUACCGGAAGGCGAUGAGGACAUGGGGAACCUGGGUCGACACCCGGGUCAACUCCAACCGCACUCGGGUCUUCUUCCGAGGUUACUCCUGGUCGCACUUCAGCGGCGGGCAGUGGAACUCGGGUGGCAACUGCGACGGGGAGACGGAGCCCAUCACGGAAGACAAGCACCUCGCCAAGUACCUGAAGCUGACGGGCAUCCUGGAAUCUGUGAUCGGGGAGAUGACGACGCCGGUUCUCUAUCUCAACAUCACGAGGAUGACGGACUACCGCAAGGACGCCCACCCGUCGGUGUACCGCGUGCCCGCCGGCAAGCGGAAACCGGGAGAGUUCCAGGACUGCAGCCACUGGUGCCUCCCCGGAGUCCCCGAUGCGUGGAACGAGCUCUUGUACGCGAUGCUGUUGAGGGAGCUCAGUUGAUCAGACUAUUAUUAGCAGCUAAACAGGACUGGGAGCACCCAAAGAUGGAUGUGGAGAGUCAGUCGUACAGGAAGACAUGAUGGCAGCCAGUCCAGUAUGCAAGUUUUAAGAAACACUCGUGUACAU